GUUUUCUGCUCUCGCAGUUUUUCCAUUGCAACAGGUAUAGUCUUCGUCUAAGCUACUGCAGCAUGUUGGACCCGUCUUCAAGCGAGGAGGAAGGGGAAGAGAUACUGCAGGUGGAGCACAAAGACGUGGCGGCCCCGAAGAGCCUCGGAGGUGCCCGAUUGUCACCGGGCCGAGCCGCCGAUGGCCAAGCCAACGGAGGGCUCCAGUCACGGGGUCGCGGGAGCGGCCGUGGUCGACCGUCAAGCCCCAGUCCGUCGGUUGGCAGCGACAAGGAAAAGGAGGACCUGGAAAAGAUGCAGCGAGAUGAGGAAGAGAGGAAAAAGAGACUCCAGCUGUAUGUGUUUGUGAUGCGCUGCAUCGCAUAUCCAUUUAACGCGAAACAACCGACUGAUAUGGCCAGGAGGCAGCAGAAGAUCAGUAAACAGCAGCUACAGACAGUAAAGGAGCGUUUCCAGGCGUUUCUUAAUGGAGAAACUCAGAUUGUAGCUGAUGAGGCCUUCAUCAAUGCCGUGCAGAGCUACUAUGAGGUGUUCCUGAAAAGUGACCGUGUUUCCCGGAUGGUGCAGAGUGGCGGCUGCUCAGCUAGUGACUCUCGGGAGGUUUUUAAGAAGCACAUAGAGAAACGUGUACGCAGCUUACCUGAAAUCGAUGGGCUAAGCAAAGAAACAGUGCUGAGCUCCUGGAUGGCUAAAUUUGAUACCAUCUACCGAGGUGAAGAGGACCCCAGGAAACAACAGCAGAGAGUGACAAGCAGUGCUGCCUCUGAACUCAUCCUUAGCAAGGACCAGCUAUAUGAGAUGUUCCAGCAGAUCCUGGGUAUCAAGAAGUUUGAGCACCAGCUCCUUUAUAAUGCCUGUCAGCUGGACAACCCAGAUGAACAGGCAGCACAGAUCAGAAGAGAGCUGGAUGGACGACUGCAAAUGGCAGACCAGAUUGCUCGGUAUGGAGGGAAGUUCCCUCGGUUUGUCUCCAGAGAAAUGGAGGCCAUGUACAUUGAGGAGCUGCGAUCCUCUGUCAACCUCCUGAUGGCAAACCUGGAGAGCAUGCCAGUGUCCAAAGGAGGAGAGUUCAAGCUGCAGAAGCUAAAACGAGGCCACAACACCUCCAUCAUGGACAUGGGCCAGGAGGAUGAGAAUGCGCUGUCCAAGUCUGAUGUAGUGCUGUCCUUCACCCUGGAGGUGGUGAUAAUGGAAGUGCAGGGUCUGAGGUCUUUGGCUCCAAACAGGAUUGUUUACUGCACCAUGGAGGUUGAGGGAGGACAUAAACUGCAGACAGAUCAGGCUGAGGCCUCAAAACCCAUUUGGGGUACCCAGGGCGACUUCACCACCACUCAGCCACUGCCUGCUGUGAAGGUGAAGCUGUUUACUGAGAGCACAGGAGUGUUAGCUCUAGAAGAUAAGGAGCUGGGGAGGGUUGUUCUCCACCCGACUCCCAACAGUCCUAAGCAGUCUGAACUCCAUAAGAUGACGGUGUGUAAAGGCUGCCCAGACAGUGACCUCAAGAUCAAACUAGCCAUUCGCAUGGACAAACCACAGAACAUGAAGCAUUGUGGGUACCUUUGGGCCAUUGGCAAAAAUGUAUGGAAAAGAUGGAAGAAAAGAUUCUUCGUGCUAGUCCAGGUAAGUCAGUACACCUUUGCCAUGUGCAGCUACAGAGAGAAGAAGGCUGAGCCUGUAGAACUCCUUCAGCUGGAUGGCUACACGGUGGACUAUACUGACCCCCAGCCAGGUCUAGAUGGUGGCAGAACAUUUUUCAAUGCAGUAAAAGAGGGUGACACUGUGAUCUUUGCCAGUGAUGAUGAGCAAGACCGUAUCCUAUGGGUGCAGGCAAUGUACCGGGCCACUGGUCAGUCCCACAAGCCCGUCCCUCCAACCCAGGUCCAGAAACUCAAUGCAAGGGGAGGCACAACGCCACAGCUCGAUGCACCUAUAUCUCAGUUCUAUGCUGAUCGAGCCCAGAAGCAUGGCAUGGACGAGUUUAUUUCAGCUAACCCCUGUAACUUUGACCACGCCUCACUGUUUGAGCUUGUCCAGCGCCUCACUCUGGACCACAGGCUUAAUGACUCAUAUUCCUGUUUGGGCUGGUUUAGUCCUGGUCAGGUGUUUGUCUUGGAUGAGUACUGUGCUCGUUAUGGUGUUCGAGGCUGCCAUCGGCAUCUAUGUUACCUGAGCGAUCUGCUGGAGAGGGCAGAGAAUGGAGCCAUGAUUGAUCCCACACUGCUGCACUACAGCUUCGCCUUCUGUGCAUCCCAUGUCCAUGGAAACAGGCCCGAUGGUAUCGGCACAGUCACUGUUGAGGAGAAAGAGCGCUUUGAGGAAAUCAAGGAGAGGCUACGGGUGCUUCUUGAAAACCAGAUUACACACUUCCGGUACUGUUUUCCAUUUGGAAGGCCUGAAGGGGCAUUGAAGGCAACUCUGUCCCUUCUUGAAAGGGUUUUAAUGAAAGAUAUUGUCACCCCAGUCCCACAAGAGGAAGUCAAAGGUGUGAUCCGUAAGUGUUUGGAGCAGGCAGCUCAGGUCAAUUACCAGCGUCUGUCAGAGUAUGCAAAACUGGAAGGGAAAAAGAGAGAGAUGUAUGAGCAUCCUGUCUUCUGCUUGGCCUCUCAAGUGAUGGAUUUAACGAUUCAAAAUGUGGGGAGGCUUGCGACCCCUGCCAAGAAACUGGAGGACACGAUCCGUUUGGCUGAGCUGGUGAUUGAGGUGCUUCAGCAGAAUGAGGAACAUCAUGCUGAGGCCUUUGCAUGGUGGUCAGAUCUGAUGGUGGAGCACGCUGAGACCUUCAUGUGUCUCUAUUCAACCGAGAUGGAUGCAGCUCUUGAAGUUCAGCCACCUGACAGCUGGGACAGUUUCCCUCUCUUCCAGCUGCUCAAUGACUUUCUGAGGAUGGACCAUAACUUGUGCAAUGGGAAGUUCCACAAACACUUGCAGGACCUGUAUGCCCCCCUGGUAGUCCGAUAUGUUGACCUGAUGGAGUCUUCCAUUGCUCAGUCUAUUCACAGAGGCUUUGAAAGAGAAUCAUGGGAACCGGUUAAUAAUGGCUCAGGGACAUCAGAAGAUCUCUUCUGGAAGCUCGAUGCUUUGCAGACAUUCAUCAGAGAUCUCCACUGGCCAGAAGAAGAGUUUGGAAAACACCUUGAGACCCGACUGAAGCUGAUGUCUAGUGACAUGAUAGAAUCCUGUGUGAAACGGACAAGGACAGCCUUUGAGGCCAAGCUUCAGAGGAGCAGCCGGACCACAGACUUCCGAGUGCCUCAAUCCAUCUGCACCAUGUUCAAUGUCAUGGUGGACGCCAAGGUCCAGUCAGCCAAGCUGUGUGCCAUGGACCUGGGGCAGGAGAGGCAAUAUCACUCCCAAAUCGACAAUCUAAUUGAGGAGACGGUGAAGGAGAUGAUUACUCUGCUAGUAGCUAAGUUUGUCGUCAUUCUAGAGAGUGUGUUAACGAAGCUUUCCAGAUAUGAUGAGGGAACACUCUUCUCUUCUUUCCUGUCUUUCACAGUGAAAGCUGCUUCGAAGUAUGUGGACGUGCCUAAGCCAGGGAUGGACGUAGCUGACAGUUAUGUGACAUUUGUCCGUCAUUCCCAGGACAUGCUGCGGGAGAAGGUUAAUGAGGAGGUGUAUGUAGAGCGAAUAUUUGAUCAAUGGUACACCAGCACAAUGAACCUUAUAGGAACGUGGCUGACUGACCGUGUGGACCUGCAGCUCCAUGUUUAUCAGUUGAAGGUUCUCAUUAGGAUUGUCAAGAAAAAGUACCGUGACUUCCGCCUUCAAGGUGUACUGGACUCUACACUAAACACUAAGAUGUACGAAACUGUAAGAAACCGACUAACCUUGGAAGAAGCCACGGCAUCGGUGAAAGAAGGCGGGAUGCAAGGCAUUUCAAUGAAGGACAGCGAUGAAGAAGAUAACGAUAACUAGAGCAAAAGAGUUGAAAACUGUAAUAAUUUCAACGUUUUUCAAAGGGUCGGGUAUAUUGCCUGACAGCCCACAUAGCCCUUCUAAAGAGUGAAAAUAAUUUGGCCUGUUCCCUCCAAUGCUUGGUUUUAUUUUUUCUGUUGCCAGUACUUCCACAAUUCUGUUAAAUUUAUGACAUUUAUUAUUAUGUUUAUAUUAUUAUGCAUCUGUAAACACUUUCAAGUGUGUCAAUAAUCGUCACUUAAAAUCCUCAAAGCUAAAUUUCCAAAUAAUUAAGGCUAGUACCUAAAUUAUUUUUUGGAUUAAUUAUUUAGUCUUUGUAUUCUGUUCUUGUUUAUACUUUAGAAAUACAUAGUGUUGUUUCUGCACUUCUGCUGGAAAAAACUCUCAAGUGAUUUAUGCCAUUAUACUGUGAUUCCAAGAAAAACAGUAAAGCUAAUACAUGUGUCUGUCUAUUCCAAAGUCUGCCUGCAAAUGCAGGAUUAACUUUGCACUGUUAAAUUCACAUUGUGAUUAAUGGAAAUUUCGCAAGAAAAUAUGGAUGUUUAUUUGUUGGUAUUCACCUGGCCCAAAACAGCUAAAUUAAAACCUUUAGAAGGUUUUCCAGCAGUAUGGAUAACAAUUUUCUUUCCAUAUGAUAUGGCUAUGUUAUACUGAAAAAAUAAUUAACUUGUUUUGCUGCACAAGAUGUGAAAGUGAUUUAAAUUUUCUUCCUUUGUAAUGGUUCAGCAUCAUUUCUCAGCAAAGAAAAAUCAAAUUAACGUAUUUUUUUAUAUUAUGUGAUGUUAUAGGAUGUGACAGUGACGGUUUGUUUUUUGCAAGCUCUAAAACAUGCUUUGUAAUUGCCAACAGCAAAUGUCAGACAACAAAAGAAAUUCAGCACAUUAUCAACACCAAGACUGGUGGACACUGACAAAAAAUAUGAAUUUGAAUACAUCUUUAGAAACCCUGUCGUUAGUAGUUUUAACUGGUGUCACAUGAUAGGAUCUGUAUCAAAUUUUCAGGGUGUAACAAGUGUUAGAGGUUCAACAUUACAAGUGUUUGGUUCAGUCUAUGAACCAAAUGAUUCCUAUCCAGUAAGUCACAUACAAUCUAAAUGUCAUGUGGAGUAUGGAAGGGGAGAAUGUGAAUUCGGAGGACAGAGUUUAAUAAUGGACCUUUAUUUAAAUAAAGACGCAGAAAAUCCAGCUGACAGUUGAAAAACAAAGUCAAAAAAUAAUAGAGGCAAUGGCAGUAAGGUUAGUCAGGUUAACACACAGAGAACAAACCCUACAAACACACAAAAAUGGGAGGUCAAAUAUAGACAUUGGUAAAUGGGGAAAUAGAAAACAGUAGGGAACACAGGUGGAACUAAUCAGGAAAACAAGACAAAAGAAGUAGGAAAAUCCAAAUAAUUUAAACUAAUAAGGUGUGAAUAUAUAAACACCAACAGAAAACCAAAUAUAGAACAAAGCAGUAAACACUGAAUGGAGACUGGAGGGUCUCCAUUCGGUGUGAUUCCCCCACACUAUAGGGGGGAAAUCACACCGAAUCAGUCUCCCUGGGACUGUGGACCGGAGAGGAGAGUUUGUCCAUUAGUUGAAUUUUGGAUACAGGAGGAUCAAUGCGGUGGUUGUGGUUUUCAUGGAACACUGAACCAGCUCUUUAUUCUCUCAAGGACGAUUGAGGGUGCGUGGGAAUUUGCCCAACCAGCCUACAUGAGAUUUGUGGACCUUGAGAAGUUAUUUGACCACAUCUCUCAGCGUAUCUUGGAGUAUGUGGGGUCUGGUCAUUGCUAUGACCUGUUUGAUCUAAUAAUAAUCAUUGCACGACCUUGGUUUGCAUUGCCGCCAAUAAGUAAUUUCUGGUGUGUAUUGGACUCCACCAGGGUUACCCUUUGUCACUGGCUUGUUGCUUUUAUGGACAGAUUUUCUAGGCAUAGUCAUGUGGCAGAAUGCAUCCACUUUUGUGGCCUUAGAAUCUCAUCUCUCCUUUUUGCAGAUGAUGUGUUUCUGUUGGCUUCAUCAGCCAAGUGUGAGUCAUUGGGAAUGAGAAUCAGGACCUCCAAGUCUUAGGCCAUGGUUCUCAGCUGGAAGAGGGUGGGGUCCCUACUCCAAUUAAGGGACGAGUUACUACCCCAAAUGGAGGAGUUUAAGUAUCUUGGGGUUUUGUUCACACGUGACUGAAGAAGGGAGCUUGAUUGUAUGCCGCAGCGGCAGUAAUGCAGAUGCUGCAUCAGACUGUUGCGGUGAAGAGAGAGCUGACCUCUUGAUUUAUCAGUCAAACUGCGUUGCGUGCUAUCUACGUGCACAGACUGGUGAACCAAAAUUAAGGAGCUCAUUUAUGUUAAUGUACUUAUACUCCAGGAACCAAAAGUUUCGAGUAUUAUGGAUUCGGCUUUCCACCCAUUGUGGCCCAUCCUAUUGCAUCUUGGCAGAGCUAGCCUUGAAAGCUACUUUCUUUUUUCUUUUAUUGCUAAACUUGGUGCCUAAAUAAUGCCUAAACAACAGUGAAAUAAAAAGAUUGCAUGUAGCAAAAAAUCAAGAUGUCAAAUUUAAGUAAUAUGCUAUUAUUAUGUAUUUGCCGUGCACAAAAAUGGCUUAUAGGUCACAGAUGGAGCAAACAGAAAGCUGGUGGAGAGCUUGUUCUGUUAGAGUACAACUGUAUGUUUUGGUUUUGUUUAUUUAAAUUUUGGAAAAAUCAAUAAAAUAAAAUAAAGUGUGGGGUUAUGAAUGGUCCCUGAACAUUAACAAGAAAGUACAUAAAAUAUGGUGUGCAUAAUCAGUUCAACAUGUGUUGUUGGACUUCAGUGAGGCACACCUAAAUGUUAUUAAUCUGUCAGUGCACCCAGAGUUUUUGCAUGGCUUGAAAUUGUGGCCAUAAAAAAUGUGAAGGAAUAAUGUGUAAAAUAUCUGUAUGUGUGUGUUUUGUGCAGUAGAACUGGAAGAAAACCCUUUGUGAGUGCCAGGGUCAUCACAAUACACACAAUCACUUUUUUGUCCUUUACAAAGUAAAUGAUGCACUGCCAGUUAUUUAAGUAUUUGGUUAAACAGCCUACAGAUAAAUAUAUGUGCAGCACAGCUGCGUGCAUUACGUGCUUUGGUUUGAACAUCAAUCUUGCAUCUCUGGCUUUUCUUAACUUUGUUUGGUUAAUGCAUAUAGUACAGCAAUACACUUGUAGUUUGAUUUUUAAUCACACUUUUAGAGCAAUUUUCAACAUUUUUCACAUUUUAAAUUUUAGAGCAAUUUUUUUUUAGUCUGUUUGUUUAAAUAAUACAGUUUAUUUGCCAUUUGUUAUUUGUUCUAGAUAAACCAAGUUUCCCAUAUGUCCCCAAGGCUCUAUUGCAGGAUCUAUGAGGGAGUUAAUCAUCAUUUUAAUAAGAAAUGAAGUUUCCUAGAACUUUGCUUUUGUCAGUUGUUUUCUUUACUCUACCUUGAGUUAUGUGUCAUCCUGUAUGUAAGAAAUGCAUGGACCUGGUAUUUAUUUCCCAAAGUGUUUUUGCUCCAUGUGUGACGUUACUAGGGGGUUCGCCUUCUGCCUUCUUGAAAAAUCCACCG